UUGCAGAAGGAAAGAGAGCCAUUACGCUACCGCGAAAAAUCCCAAAAUUAAUUUGGUUUUUAGGGCACGGCCACUGGUGGAUAUUCGCAUCAAUUCAAAUCAAAGUCUCUUCUCCCUUCGUCCUCCUCUUGGAUUUUGGGAAAGUCUGGUUUCCCAGAAAGUUGCCAUUUUCGUGUUGUGCUUUUGGUGGAAUCAUCGUCAUCAUCGGGUCGGGUCAAAGGUGAACGGGACGGACAACUACAAGUAGAAGAGAGAUGAAAAGGGUCUUCGGUGUCAAGAAAGACAAAGAGCCCCCUCCUUCUGUUGGCGAUGCCUCCGAUAGGAUCAAUAAAAGGGGCGAAACAGUGGAUGAAAAGAUAAAAAAACUUGAUAUUGAACUGAAUAGAUACAAAGAGCAAAUCAAGAAGACAAGGCCCGGUCCUGCACAAGAAGCUGUCAAGUCUCGAGCGAUGAGGGUUCUCAAGCAGAAACGAAUGUAUGAAGGACAACGGGACAUGCUGUAUAAUCAGACAUUCAACCUUGAUCAAGUUUCCUUUGCUUCAGAGGGUAUAAAAGAUGCUCAGCAAACGAUGACAGCCCUGAAGUCUGCGAACAAGGAGCUCAAGGGGAUGAUGAAAACCGUGAAGAUUCAAGAUAUUGAUAAUUUGCAAGAUGAAAUGACGGACCUGAUGGAUGUGAGCAAUGAAAUUCAAGAGACCCUUGGCAGAAGCUAUAGUGUUCCUGAUGACAUUGACGAGGAAGAUCUUAUGGGUGAGCUGGAUGCUCUAGAAGCAGACAUGGGUAUGGAAACAGAAGCUGAUGGAGUUCCCUCCUAUCUCCAACCUGAUGCUGAACCGGACUUGGAUGCGGAGCUCCGCUUGCCUUCAGCACCCACAGGACAUGCAACAGCUCCGGCUGGGAGAUCCAAUGCCCAGGCUGAUGACGAAUUGGGUUUACCGGCUGUCCCUCGGGCAACACUUCGCGGUUAGGGUUCAUUUGCUCUAUCUUUUGUGCAUGCGGGACGGGAGCUGGAUGGAGGAGUAACAACCCUUGUAUCAACAUAUUGUGCAGAAGUGAAUAUUCAUUUAUGUAGUGUUCAAAUUCACGUAUAUUGUGGUUGGAAAUAGUUUGGUUUUCAACUUUUCAUAAUAAGGGCUCGUUUAGAAAUGUUUUUAAAAUGAUUUAAAGC